AUGUUUUCCAGUGCAAGGCAACAUCAAAAGAAGAUAAUUUUGUCCUUAUUUCUCGUCAGUCUUUCAUUGAAGUUCUUACCAAACUUAAACAGACCACGACACACACUAAACCAGGUUAUAACGACAAGUGGUCACAAAGGAUAUGACCGUCGUCCUCACUUGGUUAUGGGAAUACUUAGUGUCCCACUAAAUAAUAAUUUUAGAGAAGCCUCGAGAAACACGUGGAUUAAUACCAUGAUUAAAAUGAAAAAUGACCUGCCGUUUCGAAUAACAUAUAAAUUUCUACUUGAUCAGGCAACAAAAGACACAUUAAAGGAAAAUAAUAUUUAUCAAGAUAUCCUCUUUUUAAAUAUAACGGAUACAGGACGAGCUUUUAAAUUUGGAAAAAAAUUGUACACGUGGAUAAAACAUAUUCAUAAAAAUUUUCCAGAUGCUUUACUUGGUGCAAAAAUAGACGAUGAUGCUUUUCUGUGUGUACCUCGGAUAUUUGAAAGGUUAAACGAUGUAAAAUCUGUUAAUUUGUAUUACGGCUGGAAGCAUGGAACUGGCAAGAAAAUUUCAAAAUCAGUAAGAAUAGAUGAGUAUUUUGUUGUCUUUGGGAAAACUAUUAUUACAAGAGUAUCAAAUAGGCGUUACUGUCAUAGCACAAACUGCUCGAAAGGUAUGCUAAUCGAUACAAACUAUGGAGGAACAUCACUUGGCGCGUGGCUCUCUGAUUAUACAGACAUUUACUUGCAUGGUGACAAUAGAAGAAUGAUUCAAACAUCAUUCGGUAAACGUCCAUUUCUUAAUAUGAAAUCAAUAAAGUCAAACCUUUGCGAGAAAAAACUAGUCAUUCACAAAACCUCAGUUGACGGAAUGCAACAGUUACAAAAUUAUAAUGAAAAUAAUACAUCUGCUUCAAAAGUAUCUAGUAUUGGUUCUGUUACCGGAUUAAGUUUCACCGGGAAAGUGGUAAGAACUCUUUCCUCUACUUUCGAACCGAACAACAUGGCUUUGGCAUAUCACGACAAUUUUAGUACCUGUGAUAAUUGGGCUGUGGUAACAACAAUAUUUCCUCCGACAAAAGCCAUUCACUCCAUUUCAAAGUUGUCCAAUUGGUGUCUUGUUAUUGUGGCUGAUGUCAUCACGCCAUCAAAAAAUAUCUUCGUAACAAAUAUUACCAAAGACAAUAAAGAGAAAAUUAAAUAUCUUUCUGUGCAAGAGCAGCAACUUUUAUACCCUAUGCUUUCGGACGUUAUACCCUUAAGACAUUUUGGACGAAAAAACAUAGGAUAUAUAUAUGCUAUUCAACAUAAAGCUAAAGUCAUAUGGGAUUUCGAUGACGAUAACGAAGGGAUUGUAGACUUGAGCGAUUUUGAUUCUGCAAAAUAUGCAAAAAGCUGUAAAGAGAUGGGUACCAAUCUUUUUAAUCCCUAUCCGUAUUUUGUUCAGCCGCAUAUUCGUGUUUGGCCGAGAGGGUUUCCAUUGCAAAGCAUAAAAGACAAGAAGACAUUCCCAGAAGUCUGUGAAAUAGACAAACGAAUUAAUCUUGGUGUAAUACAGUCACUAGCUAAUGGUCAAGCAGAUGUUGAUGCUAUAUAUCGUCUCACACAUGACUUCCCUUUCAAUUUCACUACUGAAAGAUACAUUGUUUUACCAAAGAACAAAUAUGCACCCUUUAAUGCUCAGGCAACAAUGUGGUUUCCACAUGCGUUUAUGUACAUGGCAUUGCCUUUAAGUGUAAAUGGACGGGUAAGUGAUAUAUGGAGAAGCUAUAUAGCAGACUACUUUUUUCACAAGACUGGUCUGUCUUUGGUGUUCGCCAAAGCUUAUGUUAACCACCAAAGAACUGCCCAUACAAUUAUUGCUGACUUUAAUGGAGAGUUCAGUUUGUACGAAAAGAGCCUUCAGUUGGUCGACUUGCUAUCAAACAGUAGUUUUGACAGUAUGAAAGAGGCAUAUGAAAGUCUAUACCAGAGAGACUUUAUUGACGAUAAAGAUUUAACUUUCAUUAUUGCAUGGACAAAAACAUUUCUUUAUAUCACACAAAAGAAUAAAUACUAG